CCACUGCCUCUCCCUCUGUUUCACAUACAGAGGGCCCUGAUGCCAAACCCCCCCUGCCGGAGGACCAACUUCUCCUAGAGGAAGACAAACCCCUUCCCCAAAAAAUUAGGACCCCUACCCCGACAGAGGAGGAGCAUCCCAUGGAAGAUGAGGACCAACGGUAUGAUGAGAGUCGCCCCCCCACCCCCGUAGAGGAGGAGGAGCCCCUCCCAGAGAGUCCUCCUGUAGAUGAGGAGCCCAAGGAGCCGGUGGACCCGUCCAUAAGGGCUAGGGAGAACUGGCGACGAAUCAUCGACAAGGUCCAACAGCAGCUUCGAGAGGCACGAGGAGAGACAUCCAAUUCCUUGUGGUUUGGUAAAGGAGGGGUAGGAGAGGUUCUGUACAGCAUCGACAGCAUGCCUGACCUACGCAAGAAGAAAGGCCCCACCCUGGUCAGAGACCUCUUACAGGCCAUGUCUAUGGCCUCUCAGAAUGCUCGGAAGGCUGGGAUCACCACGGCGAUGGCCUGCAGCACCCUUGGCAAUGAGGACCUGAAGAGUCAUGUGUACAAGAAGACUCUACAGGCUCUGAUCUACCCCAUCUCCUGCACCACGCCCCAUAACUUUGAGGUGUGGACGGCCACUACACCCACCUACUGCUACGAAUGUGAGGGGCUGCUGUGGGGCAUCGCCCGCCAGGGUAUGAGGUGCUCCGAGUGCGGGGUCAAAUGUCACGACAAGUGCCAGGACCUUCUCAAUGCCGACUGCCUGCAGAGGGCAGCGGAGAAGAGUUCUAAGCAUGGGGCGGAGGACCGAACCCAGAACAUCAUCAUGGUUUUAAAGGACAGGAUGAAGAUCCGAGAGAGGAACAAACCAGAAAUCUUCGAGCUCAUCCAGGAAGUGUUUAGUGUCAUCAAGGCGACGCACGGCACGCAGAUGAAGCAGAUCAAACAGAGCGUGCUCGAUGGGACGUCCAAGUGGUCGGCCAUGAUCAGCAUGACUGUGCAGUGUGCACAGGGCCUUCAGGCCAAAGACAAGACUGGCUCCAGUGAUCCCUACGUCACAGUUCAGGUGGGCAAGACCAAGAAGAGGACCAAGACCAUCUAUGGUAACCUCAACCCUGUCUGGGAUGAGAACUUCCACUUCGAAUGCCACAACUCGUCGGACCGGAUCAAGGUACGCGUGUGGGACGAAGACGAUGACAUCAAGUCCAGGGUGAAGCAAAAGUUCAAACGGGAGUCCGAUGACUUCCUGGGUCAGACCAUCAUCGAGGUCCGCACACUCAGCGGCGAGAUGGACGUAUGGUACAACCUGGACAAGAGAACAGACAAGUCGGCUGUGUCUGGAGCCAUCCGGAUGCACAUCAGUGUAGAGAUCAAAGGAGAGGAGACUGUGGCUCCCUACCAUGUCCAGUACACCUGCCUACAUGAACACCUGUUCCAGUACACUACAGAGGAGCAGAACAGUGGUGUGGUGAAGAUACCUGAUGCCAAAGGAGACGACGCGUGGAAGGUGUACUUCGAGGAGACUCCUCAGGAGAUCGUGGAUGAGUUCGCCAUGCGUUACGGAGUGGAGUCCAUCUACCAGGCUAUGACCCAUUUUGCAUGCCUGUCGUCUAAGUACAUGUGCCCUGGUGUACCCGCGGUGAUGAGUACCCUUCUGGCCAACAUCAAUGCCUACUAUGCUCACACCACCCAGUCCACCAAUAACGUCUCGGCAUCAGACCGCUUCGCCGCAUCCAACUUUGGAAAGGACAGGUUUGUAAAACUUCUAGACCUGCUCCACAACUCUCUGAGGAUUGACCUUUCCAUGUACAGGAAUAACUUCCCGGCUAGUAGCCCUGAGAGGCUGCAGGACCUCAAGUCCACUGUAGACCUGCUGACCAGCAUCACCUUCUUCAGAAUGAAGGUCCAGGAGCUGCAGAGCCCCCCCAGGGCCAGUCAGGUGGUGAAGGACUGUGUCAAAGCCUGUCUCAACUCCACAUAUGAAUACAUCUUCAACAACUGCCACGAACUCUAUGGCAGAGAGUACCAGACAGACCCUGCUAAGGCUGACAUUCCAGAAGAGCAGGGUCCCAGCAUCAAGAACUUGGAUUUCUGGUCCAAACUCAUCACCCUCAUCGUCUCCAUCAUAGAAGAGGACAAGAACUCCUACACACCCUGUCUCAACCAGUUUCCUCAGGAACUGAACGUGGGCAUCAUCAGUGCUGAGGUCAUGUGGAACAUGUUUGCUCAAGACAUGAGAUAUGCCAUGGAGGAACAUGAGAAGAACCGCCUAUGUAAGAGUGCUGAUUACAUGAACCUGCACUUCAAGGUGAAGUGGCUCUACAAUGAAUACUGUAAAGAGCUGCCCACCUUCCAGAAACGUGUACCUGAGUAUCCAGCGUGGUUUGAGCCGUUUGUCAUCCAGUGGUUGGACGAGAACGAGGAAGUGUCCAGAGACUUCCUGCACGGUGCCCUAGUGAGGGACACAAAGGACGGGUUCCAGGUAACGUCUGAGCAUGCUCUGUUCUCAUGCUCGGUGGUGGACGUGUUCUCCCAGCUCAACCAGAGCUUUGAGAUCAUACGCAAGCUAGAUUGUCCCGACCCCCAGAUCGUAGGCAGCUACAUGAAGAGAUUCGCCAAGACCAUCGGCAAUGUCCUGCUGUCCUAUGCUGAGAUCAUUUCCAAAGAGUUUCCCAAACAGUGCGGGAACAAAGAGAAAGAGAAAGUGCCUUGCAUCAUCAUCAAUAACAUCCAGCAGCUGAGAGUGCAGCUGGAGAAGAUGUUUGAGGCCAUGGGAGGCAAAAACCUUAACGUGGAGGCCAGUGACCUCCUGAAGGACCUGCAAUUAAAGCUCAACAACGUCAUGGACGACCUUAGUAGGAUAUUUGCUGUCAGUUUCCAGCCCCAUAUUGAGGAGAACGUGAAGCAGAUGGGCGACAUCCUGGGCCAGGUGAAGGGACAGACUGUUACUGACAACAACAGCGUGGCCGGGGACGCAGACAACGUCCUGCAGCCCAUCAUGGACUUCCUUGACACCAACCUGUCACUGUUUGCUAAGAUCUGCGAGAAGACCGUGCUGAAGAGAGUGCUGAAGGAACUGUGGAAACUGGUUAUUAACACUAUGGAGAAAAGCAUUGUGCUCCCACCAUUCACAGACCAGUCAGGCACUCAGUUGAUCCUGAAUGCAGCUAAGGAGUUGGGCCAGCUCUCCAAGCUCAAGGAGCACAUGGUGCGAGAGGAGGCCAAGGCUCUGUCUCCUAAACAGUGUGCCGUCAUAGAGCUCGCAUUGGACACUAUUAAGCAAUACUUCCAUGCGGGCGGUGUGGGCCUGAAGAAGACGUUCCUGGAGAAGAGUCCUGACCUGAAGUCUCUGCACUACGCCCUGUCCCUCUACACACAACACACUGACAAGCUCAUCAGGAAGUUUGUCCUCUCCCAAAACACUCAGGUCCAUGGAGGGAAGGGGGUCAGGUAUACCCUGAAUGAAGACACAUUACCAGAGAAGGGGUCGGGAGUGGAGGAGCCAAUCGGAGAGGUGGUCAUGCGUGUGGAGAUCUUCACCCACCCCAACACUGGAGAACACAAGAUCACUGUGAGAGUGGUGGCUGCCAAUGACAUUAAGUGGCAGACCCAGGGGAUCUUCCGUCCCUUCGUGGAGGUCUACAUCAUCGGUCCCCACCUCAGUGACAAGAAGAGGAAACACGCCACCAAGUCCAAGAACAACAGCUGGUCGCCCAAGUUUAACGAGACCUUUCAGUAUUCCCUGGGUAGUGAGUUGGGUCCUGAGGGUUAUGAGCUGCAGCUGUGUGUGAAGGACUACUGCUUCGCCAGGGAGGACCGUACAGUGGGCAUGGCCCUGAUGCAGUUGAAGGACAUGGCCUCUAGGGGCAGCGUGACGUGCUGGCUCCCCCUGGGGAAGAGGGUCCACAUGGACGAGACGGGCCUGACAGUACUGAGGAUCCUAUCCCAACGCAACAACGAUGAGGUGGCCAAAGAGUUCGUCAAGCUGAAGUCAGACCAGCGCCCUGCUGAAGAGGGACAAGGGAGCUGAGAGAGAACAGGUCAAGAGAUACUGAUGCAGUCACGGAACAUACACAGGGGUACACAUGAAUUCAUACACCGCACAAAAGCGUGCACUGUACAUACACACAAACAAUACAGGCAAACACAUACGUGAACCCACACAACAUAUGCAUAUGUUAUACAAAACAUGGUCAUAAACACACUGAUGAUCUCUAUCACAAUGAUUUAGCACGUGUCCAAACACUGGCCAACGGUUCCUUCGGCCAUAGAUAGAUUUUGUACACCUAUCAAUCAGUUUAUCAAUUUCUGCUGCUCUCUUUCACUCUUGCAUAUUUACAUCCAAUUUUUCUAUACAUUUAAUGCAGAAAUUGAUUGUGAAAAAAAUAUCACCUGAGGAGUUAUGGAUGACUUUGCACUUUGACCUCUGCAUGUUCAGGAGAGCAGCCCUAACCCCAACUCUUACUCCUCUGUCUGUCUGUCAAUAUAACAGUCUGUUCUCUGUUUAUUUUUAUGUUGUGCUGUCUUCCUGCUGUGUGAUGUGUUCUGGGUAGAAGAUGCCAUAAGGCACAGAUCUAGGAUCAGCGUACAAUCCCCUUGUCCUUACUUUGCCUGUUAGGGAGGGGGGAAUUUAACUCUGAUCUUACAGCGCCUUCGGAAAGUAUUCAGACCCCUUGACUUUUUCCACAUUUUGUUACAUUACAGCCUUGUUCUAAAAUGUAUUAAAUGUAUUUUUUACUCAUCAAUCCACACACAAUAAAUACCCCAUUAUUGACAAUGCAAAAAAAUAUUUUUGGGUUGUUGUUUUUUCUAAUUGAUAAAAAAUAUCACAUUUAAGUAAGUAUUCAGGACCCUUUACUCAGUACUUUUUGUUGAAGCACCUUUGG